AUGUUCAAUCUACCUAAUUUUUUCAAACUUACAACCGUACAAAGACCUAUACUUACUUCAAUACGUCAAUUAGGAGAUUUAAGUAAUUUACAGCCAGCUUUUGGAGCAACUCAUAAUUAUAAAAGACUUGGUAGGGGUCCAUCGUCAGGUAAAGGUAAAACAUCAGGACGUGGUCAAAAAGGUCAAAAAGCCAGAGGUAAAGUACCCAAAUUUGUAGAAGGUGGUCAGACUCCAUUUUUUAAACAAUUUAAAAUUUCAGGUUUUCGAAAUUUAGGUAGAAAAGAUUAUUAUGAAAUAAAUUUAUUAAGAAUUCAAGAUUUUUGGAAUAAUGGUAGAAUUCCAUUAAAUAAAGGAGAUACAUUGACUAUUAAAACUAUGAAAGAUUGUGGACUCAUAAAUGGUACAUUAAUUGAUGGUGUUAAAAUUUUAGGUGAUGGAAAUGUUAAAUAUGAUGUACCUUUAAAUAUUGAAGCAUCAAAAGCUACUUCGGUUGCUAUUGAAACUAUAAAAAAAAAUGGUUAUGAUUUUACAGCUAGAUUUUUCACAAGAUUAGGUUUAAGAGCUCAUGUGAAUCCAAAUAAAUUCUUGUUGAAAUAUGGUUAUAUACCAUUACAAGCAAGACCCAAAAGUCAAAGAGAUAUAAAAUAUUAUUCCGAUGAAUCAAGAGGUGGUUAUUUAAUUAAAGAUAAAAGUAUAUUAUUAGAUAAAUUAGAUGAAGCUAAAAUUGAAUCAACAAAACCAAAAGAAGAAAUAAAUACAAAUAUAAAUUCAUUAGCAAAACAAUUAGAAAGAGCUACAAAAAAUCAAAUUCAUUCAUCAUCCAACCCAAUAAAUAUUAAUGACUUGUAA